CGGUCACAAAACUGUCAAAUCAUUUGUCAUUGGCGUCAUUGGAAAAUUGUGUGGUUCUUGUGAAAAGUAAUUAAACAAUUUAUGGUUCUUGAUUCAUUUUGCAACACUGCACUUGGAUCAACUUCCGACGAGAUGGAGGAUCAGCGAAUUGAACGAUCCUACGGGGGAUGUGAAGGCCCAAAUGCAAUGUACGUGAAGCUGAUUUCCUCCGAUGGUCACGAAUUCAUCGUCAAACGUGAGCAUGCCCUGACGUCCGGAACGAUUAAGGCAAUGCUAUCUGGACCCGGUCAAUUUGCUGAAAAUGAAGCCAAUGAGGUCAAUUUCCGUGAAAUACCAUCCCACGUUCUUCAGAAGGUUUGCAUGUACUUCACGUACAAAGUCCGAUACACCAACAGCUCCACUGAAAUCCCAGAAUUUCCAAUUGCACCAGAAAUUGCACUGGAACUACUCAUGGCAGCUAACUUUCUCGAUUGCUAGAUUGCUCAUAAAACGCCUUUCAUGAGAUGGAAAUUUUGUCUGCUGUUUUUUUUUUCUUUUUUAACGCCUGAUUUGAAUUAUUUUUUGUUAAUAUAAAAAUUUUGGGGUCAAGAUUCCAAUUUGCAACACUGAAAUAAAGGAAUAUAAAGGAUGGAGAAUGGGA